UCGGGGCCGGAGCCCCUCCCCUCGGGCCGCGCCGAGGAGUGUGACACAGGUGCCGCUUCCUCCCGGCUGCUGAGGGUCAACCACCGUCCCCCGGGCCGCGCCCCGCACUGGUCGGCGAUGAGCAGCCCCCAGGUCACACCGCCGCCCCCGCCCCGCCAAGAGCCCGACCCCGGGAUGGCCUCGAGGGAGAUGGACAUCGCCGUCAUUGCAGGCGUGAUCGCGGCCGUGGCCUUCGUGCUGGUCUGCCUCCUCUUUCUCAUGCUGCACUACAUGUACCGGCACAAGGGCACGUACCACACCAACGAGGCCAAGGGCACGGAGUUUGCCGAGAGCGCCGACGCGGCCCUGCAGGACGACCCGUCCCUCCAGGACAACGGUGACAGCAGCAGAAAGGAGUACUUCAUCUGAAGGACUUUACCAGGACUCACCUCCCGCCAACGCCUCCCCGUCCAGGAGAGAAAGCCCACCCCCCACCUGCAGCACCAGGCAGCCCGCGAGCGCCCCCCGCACCCCAAGACACACACCUCGCCUGGGACACUGGGUGCCGCCCAGUGGGGGAGGGAGCGAAGGAGGAACCCAGCUGCAGAGGCCUCUCCCAGGGACCCAGGCAGGCUCUGCCAGAGGGAAGAGAGGGAGGAGGUCGGCUCCCCCUGGGCCGCGCACUUUGCCACCUGCGUGUGGGGCAUGGAAGUCCUCGCUGGGUGUGAAUGGGGCUGUGGGCCUAGGAGUGGGGAGCAAGGAGUGAGUCAUCAUCACGCCGACUGCGGAUAAAGACAUCAAACGUCAGCCCUUGACAUCUGAGGGGAACAGCAGGUGCCGGAGCUCAAAGGCACCUUUGUCUCCCAGGGAUGCAGCUCUCAAUGAUUGGAAAUAAAUCUGAAACGUAAUGGAGCAUUCAGAGUCAAAUGACGUGACUGUGAUUGUUUAGGGAAAGAUAAAGGCUGCCCAGGGCUUACCUGUUAUCCAUGCAGUUUUGUGUUCUCUGAUCGACUCCGCCCGCUGAUACUGGGACGGCCACUUCAGGCUCCACGGGGCGGUUGUCAGAGAACACAGUCUGUACAGAUGGCUCCUGGCCCCCACCAGGGAGGGAGAGAGGGAGGGCCCAGUGACCAGCAUGCGUCUUCCCCACUUGGGCACAGCUUCAGGAAACAGAUGCACGAGUGCAGUGUCCCUCUAGAAAUAGGUUGCCCCAGCCCCCAGGGCACUAGCUGAAGCAUUGGUUCCUGAAUGCCUGGUAUUAGAAAGAAUGGACCUGCUAAAAAUACGAGUGAACCCCAUCGGAAAAGGGUCCCCAAGCCCAAUUCUAACGUGCAGAGGAGGCUUCCCUGCAGCAACAAGCAGUUCAACUCAGUGCUGACACUGUCUCCCUGGAGACAGAAUCAGAUUCCACAGGUAGAGGGCUCAGUCCUACAGGAUCACCUUCACCACAGAUGUCAGUGACAGACCCACCAGCUACAAACUGGAGGUUCCAACGACCCCCUGCAGAGGUUCGAUUGAUUUGCUAGAAGGGCUUGCAGAACUCAGAAAAACCAGUUUACUCACAGAUUACCGAUUUAUUAUCAAAAGUCAUUGAACCCCCAACUGCAAACUAUUACGUAUACAAUGCGUCAA